AUGGGUCUUGGAGUACUGGAAGAUAAGAAGCUCGCGCAUGUCCCAGGCACCUCCGAUAUCUACGAACAAGACAGCGAUGCGAGCGAGCAGACCCCAGGUGCUUCAGGCUUAAAAUGCGACUGGUCGGGCAAGCAGCCGAUUAUCCUAGUCCCGCAGCCGAGCGAUGACCCAAACGACCCAUUGAAUUGGCCGUUAUGGCGACGCGAUCUCAUUCUUGCCAUCCUCUCCUUCGUAACCAUCCUCUGCACAACCCUAAGCUCCAUUCUAGCCGCAAAUACAGUCACCAUCGCAGAUUAUGAGGAAAUUACUUUCACAGCAGCCGCCCUCUUGACUGGAUAUCAUCUAUGCGGUGUCGGUGUGGCAGGCAUUCUCAUUGUGCCAACGGCUCGAGUCUGGGGUAAACGUCAUCUGUUCCUGAUCGGGCAUGUCUUGAUGGUUAUCAGCUGUAUCUGGGCCGGGGUUAGUGGCAAGAACCAUAAUAGUCUCAUAUGGGCACGGAUAUUCCAGGGUGUCGCAUUGGCGCCAUUCGAGGCGUUGGUCAAUGCCUGUGUUGGAGAUCUUUAUUUUGUUCAUGAACGAGGAAAGCGGAUGGCUGUAUCCAACGUUGCACUGUUUGGUGCUGCCUUCCUGACUCCUGUUGUGGUCGGCAAAAUCACCAAGUCCAUGGGUUGGCAGUGGUCUUUCUACUUUGUGGCAAUUUUCCUCGGUGCUUCAUUACCGCUGAUGUUCUUUUUCGUGCCUGAAACUGCUUUCCGACGCUCGGAUUACCUGAACACCGACUUUAAGCGAAGCGGUGGGCACGGCGAGUCCAUGGAGUCUCAUGUUUCACUCAGCGGCGUUUCCAAUGACGAUACCAAGGAGCUUAGACCAGGUCCCAACGAAAGUUCAAAGACCGAAGCGGCGACAACAGUCCCCGAGAAAGAUUCCUUCGCUCAAUCACUCAGGCUUUUCAAUGGGCGGAAGACAGAUGAGAGCUUCUUCAAGCUGCUCCUUCGUCCAUUCCCGUUGUUCUUUCAUCCCGGAAUCUUCUGGGCUUGUCUGAUCCAAGGCGCUGUGAUCGGAUGGGCGGUAUUCGUCGGUGUAGUUCUAGCAAUUGUGUUUCUCGGACCUCCCAUGUGGUUCGAGGAAGACAAGACCGGAUAUCUUUACACAGGUGCCUUUAUAGGUUCCAUUGUGGGCCUUAUUCUGUCUGGCCUGCUUUCUGAUUCUAUUAACAAGUUAAUGAUCCGGCUCAACCACGGCAAAUACGAGCCUGAGUUCCGGAUCCUCUUGGUGAUCCCCCAACUCAUUUUCUGCGGCAUCGGGCUUUACGGGUUCGGAUGGACUGCAGACGAUGUGAUGCACUAUGGCUGGCUACUGCCAGACGUCUUCUUUGCAUUCUUGAUCGUCGGCAUGGUGAUGGGGGCGGUCGCUGCUUCACUCUAUAUUGUCGAUGCCCAUCGCGAGAUGGCCAUCGAGGCGUUUACCUGCAUGCUGGUUUUCAAAAACAUGUUUAGCUUUGUUCUGACAUUCUUCGCCUAUAAAUGGUUUGCCCACGGGGGCAUCAAGCAUACCAUGAUUGUCAUCGGUAGCAUCCAAGUCGGCAUCUGCCUGUUGAGCAUUCCCAUGUAUGUCUUUGGGAAAUGGAACCGGUCUUUCUUUGCCCGUCAUGACAUCCUCGAGAUCCUUCAUCUUCGGUAA